AUGACUCUCAAGGAGGAGUUCCAGACCCGCAACUUCAGCAUCUACGGACAAUGGGCCGGCAUCUUGGCCAUGAUCCUGUGCUUGGCGCUGGGCAUCGCCAACAUCUUCACAUUUAACGUUGUCAUCAUCAUCUUCUGCGCCCUCGCCCUCGUCUCCGCCUUUGUCAUCCUCUUCAUCGAGGUGCCCCUGCUCCUCAGCAUCUGCCCGACCUCGUCCAAGUUCGACGAAGCCAUCCGCAAGGUCUCGACCAACUACAUGCGCGCCGCCGCCUACGCCGUCAUGGCCGUCAUCCAGUUCCUCAGCACCAUCGCCUCGAGGACCUCUCUGAUCGCCGCCGGGGUCUUCCUGCUGAUUGCCGGCAUCUUCUACCUGCUCGCCGCCGUCAAGGGCCAGGACUUUGUCGGCUCCAAGACGCUCGGCGGCCACGGCGUCGCGCAGAUGAUUGUCUAA